CGCCUCAUCCCGGAAGUUGUCCAUCGUUUGCUUUCAGGAAGCGGCGCAUCAUCAUCCUCAGCGCUUCCACAACAUCGCAGACAGGACAGGGGCCAAAACAACGAACCGCCCACUGAUGAAGUGACCAACUGGAGACCAUGUCCUCAUUCCAGGUGGUGGAUUCCUCACCUGGCAGCAGUGUCAUGAGUAUCAUGGAAACGUCCAAUUUUGCUCACGUCAUUUUCCAAAAUGUCGGCAAAAGUUUCCUGCCUCAGGCACCACUGGAGUGUCGCUACACUCUCACCCCUUACAUCACGCCUCACUUCAAGGACUGGGUGGGCAUUUUUAAGGUUGGCUGGAGCACAGCUCGGGAUUACUACACCUUCGUGUGGUCCCCCAUGCCUGAAAAAUACGAGCCAGGAAGUACUGUGAACAGGACUGUGGUGUUCCAAGGUUACUACGUUCCCAAGUCUGACGGGGAAUUCUACCAGUUCUGUUAUGUGACACAUGGCGGCGACAUAAGAGGGGCAAGUACGCCCUUCCAGUUCAGAGCAGCCACACCCACCGAGGAGCUUCUGACCGUUAGUGAGGAAGACAGUAAUUCCGAUAUACUGGUGGUCACCAACAAAACUGGCCUGCUGGAGCGUGUGGAGGAGACGCAACAGGAGCUCAGGGAGCUACUGAAAUCAAAGCGUCUCCUUCAAGAAGAAAAACAGCAGCUGCAGGAGGAGCAGAAGCGACUUUCACGCGAGCGGGAGCAAGAGAGGGAGACGUGCUGCCUACUCCGAACACACAAUCAGGAGCUCCUGCGCUCCUCGCAAUGUCUGUCAGAGGAACGUGAGGAGGUAAGAAGGAGGCUAACGGAGGCGACGGAUAGAGUGCGGCAGCUCGAAGAGGACCUGUUAGGAGUCACUCAAAGGGGCCUCCAGAAAGAGACCGAGCUGGACUGCUUGCGUGACCGUUUGAAGAAGCUGACAGCUGAGAGAGAUAACUUGGAAAUCCAGUUGAAGAAUGAAAAGGAUGAGAGGGAUCUUUACAAGACUCACCUGCGUAGCACAGAACUGGAGAAUACCAAGCUGAGCGCCGAGCUGCAGAUGCUGAAGGCAGUGGAGCUCAAUCGAGAGGUGACCAUCGCUCAGUUCCAGGAGGAGCUGGACAGGCUGCGUAGCUGUGCGGCACAACGUGACAGUCUGGAGAAAGAGUUGCUUACACUCAAAGAUGACAAGGCUGAGUUGGCGCGUGUGCGCGAGCAGCUACGCCAGGCCGAAGAGCAGCUGGCAGCAUCCCGCCAGCAAGCGUCCUUGCUGGCUUCGGAGCUCCGCGACUCGGCCAGCGCCCGCGACCACUCCAUGACGGAACUGUACCGCGCCCGCCUGGAGGUUGACAAACUCCGCGCCAGCCUUUCUGACGCGCAGGCCGAAUGCCAAAAAAUGGAGGAACAGCUGGACCGCAUGAGAAGCACUGCACACAAGGAGAUGGGUGUCGGGACCAAUGGCGAGCCCAAUGGCGAGCCGGCUCCUAGCAUGCUAAUCGUGUCAGAAGCAGAAGCCGAACUGCAGAGGGAGGUUGAAGAACUGAAGCUGCGUCUCCACAUGGCGGCCGAGCACUAUAAGGAAAAAUACAGAGAGUGCCAGCGGCUCCGCAGGCAGGUGGCCAAACUGAACACUAGCGAGUCGCACGUGGAGCACAAGAGAAACGCGUCUACCGAGACAGUCUUGGAGCCACUGACGCCAACUCCUGAUUCACCUACAGCAGAAAGUAUUGCCCUCCAAGAGGCCUCAACCUUGACAAUCAGCACUGAACUUGAAAACCCGGAAUGUACACACAGCACCACAGACAUUGAGGAGAAGCAGGACGACGACAAGUCGGCCCAGGAACGAGAAGAUGACGAGAGGAGGGAGGACAGCUUGCGCAUGACGAGCUGGGUGGAGGUCCGGACCAAGUGGGCGGGCGCGGGGGCGGAGCAGACAGAGGAGGAGGAUGCGGGGGAUAUGUCGGACGAGAGAAGACAGGAAGAAGAAACUGCACAACAGAGCCACUCUGUGGAGGAGGAGCUGGCGCUAAUGGAAGAAAAGUGGAAGGAGCAGUGCGCCAUUAAUGAGACGCUCAAACAGCGGCUGGCCAAUGAGGAAGAGCGAUUUCGAGUACAGAUGGCAGAGAGGACCAGCGAGGUGAUGGAGUUGAAACGUGACCUUGCUCAGGCUUUGAAAGACAAGGGGAGACUACAAGAGGAAUUGCAUCACUUCCUAAGUCGUGAGCAUGACCGUGGUGACGAAGCAGAGGUCGGGCGAGCAUUGGUGCUAAGGUACCCGCUGCCAUACCCGCAGGACCCCUCGCCACCUCCCCUGGUGCCACAAAGGCCUGCCGAACUGCAGUUUGGUAACCCAUAUGGCAACGAAGGCACACAUGACCAGGAAACAGAUGUCUCACUUUCUCCGGAACAAUUGAGCCGUCCUCCACCUGAAGCCCCGCCUUGUGCCACUCCCUGCGCGCCGCCAAUCACUCUAACAGACCUAAACUCCAACCCCGGGGCAGGCUGGGACCAAGAGGUGGUCCGCAUCCAGCCUUCACGCAGCACCAGCCCCCCAAAGACCGCGGAGAACCCACCUGAGGAAGUGCACAAUGCGGGUGACGGAGCUCAGACAUCCCGCGAUCGUCCGCCCGGCAGAAGGGACGAAACAAGGACCAACUUCUGCUUUGAUUCCAGCAACGUCCACAAGCGUUGCCCACUGUGCGAGGUGAUCUUUCCACCCCACUUUGAGCAACGUAGCUUCGAGCAGCACGUGGAAAGCCACUGGAAGGUGUGCCCCGUGUGCGCCGAGCAGUUCCCCCUCGACUGCCAGCAGAGCGUCUUCGAGAGACACGUCCUCACGCACUUCGACGGCCACGUGCUCAACUUCGAUCAGAUCGAGUGAUGGAAGCUUCGCCGGUUCACGUUCGGUUGUGUCGUUAAGUGUACAAUCAAUGGCAGUAUUUAUUUUUUUUGCAGGUUACAAUAUGGGAGCUUCGUACUCCAGCUCACAAAAGCUUUGCUUCCACUUAAUCCUUUAUUUGAAAGCUCAUUUUGUUCCCACUUGCCGGUGCAUGUGGAUAUUGUGUUCAAAACAAUUGGAGAAAACACAAUUGUGUGUAAAAAAAUAAGUGUAAUUGUGAGACGUCGUCGAAUGGACUUAAUCGCUUCCGAACCAUUACGCUGCUCUUCCUCAGGAAAGAGGAUUAACAUCGAUUGCCAUUGACAGCAAUAGACGUUUGAUCCAUUUGAACUGGAACUAUUGGGCAUCUACCACCGUCAAUGGCAACGAAACGUGGAAAAAAAGCAUUACAUUUUAAUGUAUCUGCACUAAACAAGGCUUUAUUCUGAAUGUAAUGUACAUAAUGGAAAUAUGUGUGAUGUGUACUGUUACUGCUCUCGCGUGCACUUUCAGUGGUCAUGUACAACCCCUAGCAAAAAGUAUGGAAUCACCAGUCUCGGGUGAGCAAUCAGACAUUUUAUCAUGUAGGUCAAACUUGGAUAAAAAGCUUGAAAAAAUAAUGAAUUAGUUCAAAAGUGCAACUCUUUAGAAUUCAGAAACACUAAAUGAAAUGAAUAAAUGCAGAUUCUUGACUCUUGACAAGGUGAUGAUGCUGGAACCUUUGUUUGGUGCUGUUCCAGUGAGAUUUACAAAAAUGACUGCCUGAAGAAAACUUUUUUUUCCUCAGAAUGGAGUGAUUCCAUAUAUAUUUCCCUGCAUUUGCUCUAUGGCGGAAAACACUCAGGUGACUUGAAGUUCCGCUCUGAGACCGAAUUUGGCCAAAUUUCAAAAUGGUCCUAUAUGCAUGUGUGAGACAUAAUUGGAAAGCUUAAAAUGUCAAUUUUCUGGGGGAAGAAAAAAAUUUGAAAAGGAGGGCAUUUAAAAUAUACAGUGGGGAGAACAAGUAUUUGAUACACUGCCAAUGGGUUUUCCCAUUGGCAGUGUAUCAAAUACUUGUUCUCCCCAGUCUGUAUAUAUAUAUAUAUAUAUAUAUAUCAGGGGUCGCGUUAACCGAAUAUUUUCCGUCGUUGACCGUUUUUUUAAAACGGUGACGGAAAAAACUGAAGUCCAUCAGUCAUUUUGACAGGUUGCCAUUCACACCCCAGACCACAGGAUGGCGAGUGAGCAUAUUAAUUAGCUAUUGUCUCUCUUGAUGCAUGACGUCGUUGGCCUUACUCGGAAAAAUGUCCGAACUAGCAUUCAAGUGUAGCAAACACGGAAACGUUAGGAAGCUUUGGAGAGCAUUGUCUAAGGCUACGUUCAUUCUACAGGUCUUAAUGGACGGAUCCAAUUUUUUCGUGUUUUUCCGACUCGAGUCAGGCAUUAACUUGACAGUCUGAACGGGACAAGUCGCAUAGAAGUGGACCAUUUCAAAUCCGAUCUGGGUCAUUUUUGUAUGUGGUUCAAAUCCGAUCUGGGCCACAUUUUUCCAGACUGUCACGGCGGUCUGUACCGUCCAGUGUCCCAAAUCCGAUUUCAGCUGUGCGUUAUUAGUGCCUAGCUUGCAGUGAACACGGCUUUUGGAGACAGUCAACAACAGUCAUAAAAAAAAUAAAAAUGGGUUGAGGAUAAGCAUGAGAAUGAUCGGUUUUCUUUCUGCUCUAUGUGAGCUGUAUUUCAACAUUUCCUACACGGCCGAGAGUCGGGAGAGGGGUCUGGCUGCAGCCAGUCUUGGAGCGUCGGGGAAAACUGCCCGUAUGUGUGUGUGACAUGCACGGACAGUGCGUGCAUGCUAUCGAUCCAUAUAAACUGUGAAUAUACGUCUAAACGGGGAUUAUUUAUGUCUGUUAUUUGUCUCCUCCCCGUGUCGGACUGCGAAUUAAAGCGCAUGCGUAAUACUUGAAUGGUCUCAAUGGACAAAAGCAGUCUGAACGGGCACGCCAAAAAAAACGGAUAUGACAAAAAAAUCGGAUUUGUGCAUUAAGACCUGUAGUAUGAACGUAGCCUAAUUGAAUGAGCAGGGACAAACAGCUUGGAGUCAGAAGUACAUGCGCUAUUCCCAAACCUGAACGCACCCAGAGUCUUGGAUGACAAAUCAACAGAGCAGAGAGUAGACACAACAUGGCUGGUAGUUUUUUCAAUUUAUUCAGAGUUGAAUAAGUAACGCACCACUUUUGACCAACACUGCUAUUGAAUAUGUCAUUAUUAUCAUUUUAAAAAUUUAAGUGACGGGUAAAAAUAGAUUAUGACCGGAUUUUUAUGACCCUGUCAGUCAAAAUGACAGACAACGAAAAAGUCUAGCGCAACCUCUGAUAUAUAUAUAUAUAUAUACACACACACACACACACACAGUGACACCCUAUCUGGAGGUGAGAGCAGAAUUAAAGACGCAAUGACUUUAACGAGAUAUUAUCGCGUUCUUGUUUCGAUCCAAAUACUCUGUGUAGCAUGUAUGAGUGUCAAGACACAGCUGUGAAUGGCCACAGCUGGAUUUUUGGGGGAUUUUAUGGGUGAAACAUGGUAAUAUAACAAGGGUCGAGAUACAGAAAUUGCAGACAUCAAGGAGUGGUCAAUAUGUUCUUUUUCAUAUAUUUACCCUUUUAAAUGUUUUUUUUCUCAAUUUGUCUUUGUUUGGAUCGAUUAUCAUCUAACAUAUCGGGGAAAAUGCACAGUAACGAAAAAAAUACAAUUAAGCAAUAGUUAUGUGGAUAUCCGUGAGUUUUUUACAGAUGCUAAUUUUGUCAUUGUGACGUAAUUUGUUAAAAAGUUUAAAAGAUGCGAUUAUGAACUUUUUAAUUGUUUUAACAAAAUAUUAGACGUCAAUGAUUCUAAGCUAAAAAUGACAGACAUUUCGAAUAAUAAAUACGAUUACUUACCUUUUUAUGGCUAGGUUGAAACCAAAGCAGUUGCGCGAAGUCUGUAAACGGGGGUUUCCAGGGUAAAACGGCCAAAUUAAAAAUAGUUUGGGGGCUUAAUUCGCCAUGAAUCUGCUAUAGCAGCAUAUAGACCUAUUGUUCUAUCAAACACAACAGUUGUUUUGGCUUAAAGAGGAGGGCAAGAGCAGAAACGGCUUUUUCAGUCUUGUCUGUGUUUUCUGCCCUAUAAAAGUAACAUUUACUGACCACCACAAUAUUUUGUAUUCAUUUUAGGGUUUCUGAAUGCUAAAAAGUUGCACUUUUGAACUAAUUCAUUAUUUUUUCAAGUUUAAAAAAAAAAAAAAAUUAAUCGGAGUUUGUUCUCCAUGAUAAAAUGUCUGAGUGCUCGUCCGAGACUUGUGAUUCCAUACUUUUUGCUAGGGGUUGUAUGGCCAUAUUUCAUGUUCUCAUGAAAAGUACAUUAAUUGUAAUGUCCACAUCACCGCUCUGUCGUUGCGGUGUCGUUAAUUCAGGCUUUCAAAAUUGCUCCCAAUCACAUUCCAGUGUGUGAAUGGUAAAAAUCUUGAUGAAUAAAUGAGCUUACCCAAGUGUACCCGACUUUUU